UAUUUUAUUAUUUCACUGAACUAUUUCAACAUUUAUUAUUAUAAAUUAAUUUAUUUGACAAUGGCCACCCCUUAAUUUAUUAGUUCAUUAAACUAUUUAAUCAUUUAGUAUUAUAAAUUUAAGGUACUGAUUUAAGGAAGGCCCCCCCUUCAUUUCUUCUGAGCGCCUUAUCAAUGUGCAGGGUGUAGCUGAGAGCAAGGAAUGGGGGUUGGAGAUUAUAGGAGAGCUUUUGCAGGGGGUGAAGUCUGUUUAUUUUGGUGCUUUUUUUUAAGUUGCUGAGGUUGAGAAACACUGUUAUAGGGUAUAACAUAACAGGAACUUGAAAUAGCUUCCCUCUGCCACCUCUUAUACUUAAGAGAACCAAGAUGGGACAAUCUUGAUUUUUUUCCUUACCCUCUUCUGUCUAUCCAGGCUAAGCUGAUGUUGACAUAACAGCCGCUGAAUCUUUCUUCAAAGCCAUCUCUAUCCUCCUCUACGUCAACCAGAGUCCCAGUCCUUUCCUUCCUACUUUGCUCCGAACUGAGAAGAUAAUUUCUCAAACAUUCUCUCCCUUUCCCCCUAAAAAGACAUGGGUUAUUCCACAUUUUCUCUUUCAGCGCCCCUUCUGUUCCUUCAGGCAUUGUAGUUGCUUUAGUGAAAUUUGGUUUGUUCAGAAUUAUUCCCUCUCUCACCCCAGAUUCAUUUUCAUUCAUCAUAGAAGCUAAGGUGGGAAGGGACUUCGGAGAGUUUCUGGUCCGACCCCUGCCCAGGUCAGGAAUGCUGAGACCCUCCCGGACAAAUGGCUGUCCAACCUUUGCUUGAAAACCUCCAGUGAUGGAGUCCCUGACUCCAGGAAGGAGGCUGUUUCAUUGCUUAAUAUGUGUGUGUAUCUCUGCUGGUUUUAGAAAAAGCAAGGCCGGGAGGAGAACGCAGAUGGCUUUACAAACAAGUCUGCGGGUCAGAAGAAUACAUCAGCGGGAACCAGCGAUAGUCAUAGAUGGUAUCUCCUUCCGCCAUGCGCAGGACGGGGCUCUGUGGAAGAGAGAGGAGACCACGGGCCUGGAGCCCAACGGCCUGGCUGCUGAGGUUGUCCUCGCACCAUGAAGGCUCCACGCUCUUGCCUUCUAAAAGGAGAUGUCUUUAUUCAUCUAGACCAGCGUCUCUCAACCUCAGCAACUUUAAGAUGUGUGGACUUGACUCCCUACCUAAGUAGGAGUUUCCUGCUGGAAUUUCUGUGCAGUCCUCAGCCAUCAGCAUGAACUGUAUUAGAGGGUCUAGUAUUUUGGCUUUUAAAUGUCAAUUUCCUUGCUUCAUUAAUACAAGAAACAUUUAUCAGACUACUGCAUUCUGUGGUGGUCUGGAAUACUUGUACCCAGAAUAGCUUGCUUCAAUUUGGACACAUUUUUCAACAUUAAUGCAUUUUUUUUAAAUCUACAGAAACCCCACUUUCUCCUGGCCCCCAUUCCAUUCCUACGCUGGGAUGAGUAAAGCACCCGAGUCUGCGCUCUCCUCAAGCUGUACCUGGAAUUCUGGCCAUAACCGGGAUCAGUGCAUAAAUAAACACUGUCUGUGCAGAGUCUCACUUAGCGGCUGAUCUGUUAGAGCCUUUUAGGUGUUUGUGAUGGAAGCCGAAUUGUCUGCGGAGGGUCGGGUGGUACUGGAAUUGCAACAGCGAACCAACAACUCUGAGGAAGCUGGAGAAAGUUCUGGGCCAGCUUGUAAAGUGCCAAGGCUAAACGGGGCUCAAGAAGAUGAAAAUACUGCUGGCCAGGCACCUUCCGGAGAGGAGGAAGAAUCCAGGUUCAAGGACGCUGUGCUGGACUUUGAGGAAGGGCUGGAAAAUGGGAAGAAGGAAGAAGUGGGUGACGAAAGCGGAACGCUGACCGACAGAGGAGAAUAUUACUUUCCAGCAUAUGACUUUUCGGAGGCCCCCCGACUUCUGACAGGCUCGUGGGCAGAGUACAGUCAGGUCCCGGAGAACUUCUUGAAGGGCUGCAAAUGGGCUCCUGAUGGGACUUGCCUGCUUACCAACAGUGCAGACAACACCCUGCGAAUAUACAAUCUUCCCACAGAGCUGUAUGCAGCGGAGUGGGGAACCGUUGCCGAAAUGAGCCCCGUCCUGCGCAUGGCGGAAGGAGAUACCAUCUACGACUAUUGCUGGUUCCCGCUGAUGAAUUCUUCUGACCCGCAGACUUGUUUUGUCGCCAGCAGCAGCCGUGACAACCCCAUCCACGUGUGGGAUGCGUUCUGUGGAGAUCUCCGAGCCUCCUUUCGCCCUUACAAUCACCUUGAUGAGUUAACGGCCGCCCACUCCCUCUGCUUCACUCCAGACGGCGCCCAGCUCUUCUGCGGGUUUGACAAGAUGGUGCGAGUGUUCGACACGUCGCGGCCCGGUCGGAUGUGUGAGAACAGGCCCACUUUUGCAAAGAAGCAAGGCCAGAGUGGAAUUAUCUCCUGCAUUGCCUUCAGCCCAACUCAGCCUCUGUACGCCUGCGCGUCCUACUCGAAGACCGUCGGCCUCUAUUCCCGCGCAGAGGGAGACCCCUUAGCGAUGCUUCUCGGGCACCGUGGGGGCGUCACCCACGCGCUCUUUUCGCCGGAUGGCUUUUACCUUUUCACCGGUGGCCGCAAGGAUUCUGAGAUUCUCUGCUGGGACCUUCGACAGCCGGGCGAAAUUGUCUUCUCUCUCUCCCGAACCGUGGCCACCAACCAGAGACUCUAUUUUGACAUGGAUCCGAGUGGGAAGUAUUUGCUGAGUGGCAACACCAACGGGCUCAUUACAGUCUGGGACACCACCCAGCCUCCUACCAGUGACCCUCCAGCUGCGUUACAGCCCAUCCUGCAGUUCCAGGCUGUGGGGGACUGCGUUAAUGGGAUCAGUCUCCACCCCAGCCUACCGCUGUUGGCCAGUGCCUCGGGCCAGCGUAAAUUUCCUGACCUGCUGGACAGCGGGGAGGACGAGGAGAAAGAAGAAGGGGACCGUCUGCCCAGUCGUCCUUGGCCGCAGGGCGACAACUCUCUUCGGCUGUGGUGGUGCUCCUUGGCCGCUGGAGUCGAGGAGCCCGCUUCCUAGCGGAGAAACCCAGACUCCAUCUGUGGCCUCUUCUCUGGGUCAUGGAACUGCGAGUGGAACAGCAGCUGGGCCAAAGGCUGACCUGCCCACGCGUUCCAGGACGGUGCAUAUGGAAAUGGCUCCUGGAGGGCAUGUGUGCAUCCCUUUGCACGGACAUGGGAGCUUGUUCUGGAUAGAGGACAGGAGUUGUGUGAAGGCCCAACUGGAAAGGGGUGUUUCAAAGAGGAGACAGCCCAGAGGGGUCUCGGUGGAAGCCCAAAUCUCCCACCCCGGCCUCACUCCUUGGCUGGAGAAAGGGGCCCCGGGAGGGCCUUUCUCUCUCUCUUUCAACGAAAGGAGGACGAUGGACUCUUUCGCAGGUUUCUUCUUCAGGAGUUCCUCUCUUCUCUGCUACGUCAGUGGUUUUCCUGGCUCUGCCCACCUGUCCAGCAGACGGGCUUUGGCAAUGACUUCUGGAACCAGGGAGGACUUUCUCCGGGUUCGGGCUAAACGUACCUUUUUUCACCGCAAAAAAUGCGUGGUUUUCAUCUUCUAAUGAAAGAUUUAAUAAAAGCAUAUUUC